AUGGCAAAGAUCUCCUUAUUGCUUUUGGUCGUGGCCCUUGUCGCCUCUCUCCAUGCUUAUGAAGCUCGCCGCGUAGGAAAAUUCGAUGAAGCACUUGAAAAAGACUUGCACAAAGCCGAGGCCAUUGUCGAGAAAGACUUAAAGGCCAAGAAAAUGAGUAUUCAGGGCUUAUCAUCGGAGGUAAAAACGUUGAGCAAAUCUGAAGAGAUGCUGAAGCAACUCGGAAACGAUGUGAAGACACUCAAAAAAUUCAGCAGGAUAGCACACCUCAAGAAAGCACCUGCGAAAAACAAAAAACCUGUAUCCAUUAUCCAAUCCAUUUUGAAGGAUUUCGGAUUAAACGGAGGGAGGAAUUGA